CUGCUGAAAAUGCCUACAAGAAACAACUUGCUUCUAUGUGUUUUUAUUGGCACCUGCCUCAUUUUAACAGUAACCGGGGACUGGCCAGGUGCUAAGAUUGUGGAUGGACGUUGCUUUGUGCUAAAACAAGAAAUGCUUUCUUGGGACGGUGCCCAGACAGCAUGUGCGGACAUAGGAGGAAAACUUGCAACUUUAGCCUCACUCCAAGUUUUAAACGACUUAGUAGCCGCGUUCAAUAUGAGCAAAGACAAUUUCGUUUGGAUCGGUGCCAACAGUAAAGCCGUCAGGGGAACCUAUGUCUGGGAUGAGACCAACCAACCAGCGACUGAAAUAACCAAGGACUGGUGGUGGCUGGGAGACCCAAUGGGCUAUAUUUGUGUUUACAUCAGACCAGAGCAUCCGUACAUAACAACAUCGGACUGUACUUCCAGUAAUUACUACCUAUGCAUCGAACCCAAUUCUACAACGACAAUGUGUGCUACACCAACACCAGUACCACAACCAACCACAACUCGCAGGUCAAGAAACUGGUGUGUAUUAUUUAAUCUUUCAACUCAUGAAUUUUAA